CAAGACACGAAAACAACUGCCAACACACACACACGGAACGACUUUGCUUGCUUGCUUGCUUGCUUGCUUGUUGGCUUCUGCUCUGUGCCAAUCUGGUUGCGCUGUGCCAGUCUGGGUGCGUUGUGUGGUGUGGAGAUUGGGUGCAGUGAGGAAGCAGGCGAGUGAGCCACAGCGCCAGCCAGCCAGCCAAGUCCUGCCUGCGGCUGGAGACUCGAACGAUGGCGUCAGUGCUGUUGGCGCAGCGGCGCUGCUGUCAUGGCACAAGCGCAGGCAACCAGCGCAGAGUGUGGACGUUCACCAUGGCCGUUCUUCUCGCCAUGUGUCUUGUGUCUGCGAGCGUGCUUGCCGCGCCUGUGGUUCGUGACGACGAUGACGAUGCGGUUGCGGGCCGUCUGGACGAUGCUCUGGAGCGACUGCGACAGCUCACAGAGACAAAGAUUGACGGCGCUGACAAGCAGAGCCGCAGCCCGCCGCGCUUGCGGGACGCGGCCAAGCACCGCAGCGCGCGUGGCGACGAGCAAGCUUACGAGAAGCAGGACGAAGAGGACGGGUAUGGCGAUGAUGGCGCUGGUGCUGAUGCUGGUGCUGGUGGACGUGGCGAUCGCCAACGCGACGGUGCCGGUGCCGCCUCAUCAUCGUUCCACAGGCCAGGUCGCAGCCGCAACAGCAAGCCAUCAUCGCGGCGGCGUGCGGGUGUGCUGGAUGGCGCUGCUGAUGACGACGAUGAUGCCGCUGACAGUACUGCACAGCGAAGAGGAAGGGGUGAUGGUGACGGCGAUGGCGGUGGUGGUGACACGCGAGAUGGCGAGCUGCAUCACGCGCACGGACACGGGCACGUGUUGAGCUCAGAGGAACGAGCAGAGCAGCUGCGGCAGCGAUCUGCAGAGACGCGAUGGCAUUUGCGGCGUCGCGUGUUCUCGGACAUAUCCGCGUUUGAACACAUGUACGCAAAGGAGGAGGAGGAAGGCAGGCAGCAACGCAUUCCACUGCCAACGCCAGAUCACGAAGCUGUGUUCCUGCGUGACCACGCGAGUGCACGUGAGCUGGAUCGCCAGCGCCAGGACGAAGACGAGCGGUUGCGCGCGGCGGCCGAACGCGUCGGACAGGACCCGGACCUCGUGUACAUCAACCCAUACGACUACCUCCGCUCCAUCCUCGCUGGCGACACGAGCGACGAUGCCUUCGCCACGAGCACCGUCCCGACCGCGGCCGUCCGAGAAGCGCUGGAGACGAUGGAGACGACCUACCACCUGCCCAGGUCCAUCCUCGCUGCCCUCACACGCCAGCUGCUGCAGCACGCGCGCGACGGCACCGUGGUGGAGGUGGGCACGGGCCAGGUUGCACGCGCGCUUGCUGAGGAGCACGGUGUCUCCAUCGUCACCAUUAUUCCGUCGUCGUUCGCGCGCGCGUAUCUGUGGUCCAUCCGGCACCUCGCUGCCGCUGUUCGCCCGAUUGUGUGUGUUCAGGACGAUAUCGCCGCCUUUAUCACCGACGCAGUCGACAACCCGCAGAUGCACGUGUCUGCGAUUGCGGUGAGCAAUUUGGAUCUGUUCACCGAAACGCAUCUGCCGCACGAAUUGGAGCUCCUCCUUGGCCACGCCCUCUUGCUGAGUCCGCGCUUGCUGCUGCCGCCUGCGUCCACCCCAGACGGACUGUCCUUCCUGUCCUAUUGGUCCAGCCGCCACCAGCUACUGGCCCGUGCCAUGCGCCUUGCACACGUCACCUCCUCCAUCAUGGAUGUCGGUGGUGGCGUCCUCGAAACGCAGCUCACCCGCGGAGUACGUCGCCUCGCUGCGGGCGUGUGCGCGUACAUCUUGCGGAUAUUUCGGCCGCACCUCCAGGAUGACUGGGACGACGUCGACGCUGUCUCGUGUCACAUUGCGCGCACCUCAAACCCGGCCGAGCCAACGGUGUUGACGGUGCGAGAGCACAUGGAUGCACAUGAGAGGACAACACAGAGCAGAAGUAACAAGAAGCAGCAACCACUCCAGCAAGGCAACGGAGAAGAGGAGGAAGACACGGCCGAGGCAGAGGAGGAGGAUGAUGAUUACAUCAUGAUGAUGGGUGGGGUGCAAUCGCAGCGUGACGAUGAUGACGUCAGUAUCGGACACCUGGUCCGCAUCACCCCACCCAUGCCAGAGAAGAAGAGUGACCAGCAGCAGCAGCAGCAAGAGCAGGAACAGCAGCAAGAUAGUGAGGUGGGGGCCGGUGGUGGUGACUCCAAUGCUGACAAUGGUGAUGGCGAAUAUGGUGAUGGUGGUGAUGGCAAUGGGGCAGCGGAGCAGAGUACAGGCAACCGCAACGCCGACAGCAACGCCAAUAGCAACGCUGACAGCGACAAGUCAAGUGCAUCGGCAUCAUCAACGUCACAGCCGCCAACACCGUCCCGCCCGCUCGUGCUGCGCAUCCCGCUGUACCAAAUCCCGUAUCUCCCCGUGCACACGCUGGUGGAGAUGGGGAUGGAGGGCACAAGCAAGGCUGCGCUCUUCCGCGUCCUCAGCCUCGUGUUGCCUGCAAGCAUCAUUCUGCAGGACCUGGACCCCCUGGGCCACCCUAACGGCGUCGUUGCCGUCGCCAGCGUCGGCCCUGUCUUUGUUGACAUUCCGCACACGUCGUUUGCCUUUCGCGGAACGGUGUGGUCGCAGGUUGCAGCGGCAUCAGCAGCAGCAGGCAUGCACACCCCUGGCCGCGGCGGCGGUGGUGGUGGUGGUGGUACCCACCGUGAUGGUGCUCAUGGUGAUGGUGGUGAUGGUGGUGGUGGUCACAUUGCUGGUGGUGGUGGUGGUGGUGGCGGCGGUGGUGGUUUGGCUGGAUGGAUGCGGGGUGGGAGUGUUGACUACGAGUACGAGGGCGCAGCGAAUGUCGAAUUCGUGGACAGCGCAGACAUGACUGCCCUGCUCGAACUGCAGAACAAAGAUGGUGCUGAUGGUGGUGACGGCACUGCUGACGAUGCUGGUGCACAGACGCAGCAAGGAAGCGACAGCAGUGACAAUGACCAACAGCUACAGGCGCAGCAGGAACAACAACAGCAGCAACAACAACAGCGGCCUUGGCAGCAGGCGUUUGGCGCUGGCAAAGAUGGCGGAGGUGACGGUGUUGCCGCUGCUGAUGAUGAUGAAGAUGAUGAUCCCCAGGCGGCCCUGCGAGCAAUGCGACGACGCUUGAUUGAACGGGGACUAAAGCGUGGUAACAAGAUACGCGAUGGUCGUGCUGAUGACGAUGAUGAUGCACCACCACUGAGGAAUGCGAACGCUGGUGCUGAUGGCGGUGAAGACGGUGAUGAGUAUGACGAGUACCAGCACAGCCGACACGGCAGGCAGCUGCUUGUAAGCGACAGCGGCCUGACCAGCCACGGCCACGUGCAGAAGCGGUACGACGCGUUUUGGACGCUGAUUCGCGACAGCAUGAAACGCAUUGCCCGCACAUCGGCCGUCAGCGCGUUUGAUGCGGACGCACGCGCCGGUCACGCGCGCCAGCAAAACGCGCUUCCGUUUGCACACGAGGCGUUUAACAUCCAGGUCUAUGGACGGGUAAUGUCGCUGCUCGGCGUCAAGGUUGCCCGGUUCUGGAGCAACAGCACCGUGGUGGCGAUUGUGCCCACCGUUGACAGCGCUCCGUUCUUCUCGCGCGUGAUGAGCAUGGUGCACUCGCUCCGGCUCUCCAACACGCACGUGGUCCCCGCCCACUUGGAUGGGGCAACUGUCCUCUCGCUGUCCUCCGUCCCGCAGGCAUUCAAGUUCCAAUUCCUCGGGCGCGAAGUGUUUGAGCAGAUUCCUGUGCUGGACAAGUCCUACCCGGCCUACCUUGGGCGCCUGCUCGCCAUGGCGGAGCACACAUACCUCGAGCCCGUCGACCCGCAGGUGUUGCUUGCAUGCAUGGCUGCGCUCAGCGCAGAGGAAGUGACGACGCUGAAAGGACAGCUGCAAGGACUUGUUCGCGUGUCGCUGGAGGCCGUGGGCAUCACGGAGUUUCAAAUUAACUUCCUCACUGACCGAUCGCGCGCGCCAACGGCCAACCCGGAACACGUGCUGAUCCACGUGCAACUGCUGCAGGCGCAGCGACAAGUGCAUGCCUGCAAGCAACCGCCGUUCACGCUGCACAUGGGCGAGACGGUGACGCUGUCCAAGGAGAAGCAGGAGUCUGCGGGCCGCGUGGCGGUGCCCCGUGCCCACCACACCGUGAGCCUGAGCUACAUGCUCGCACUCCCCAUCCGCCCAGCAACGCGCGCACGCCUCUUUGCGGCGAUGCUUGCAGGCACGGUGCAGUCCGACGUGUGCCCAAUCAACUUUGUACUCGACGGCCACGGGCUUCGCUACUGCUCCCUCACCCAGGACUGCCCACACAGCACCAAACGCAAGCAAGAGUCUGCCAUGGAGGAGAGUGCGUUUGACGUGGACGGGCUGCUGCAGGUGCUGCGUGACCAGCUCGACAUGCCGUUUUCGUUCGUGGAAUGGGGAUCCGGCGCUGGAAACAUCAGCACGGCCGUGGCAGCAACAUGGCCAAACAGCACGGUGCUGUCGUUUGAGUCGUCGAAUGAGGAAGCGCACCGGCACUGGAGCGAAAUUAAACGUCGAAAGGCGUUUAACAACAUUGUGGGACGCAUGCCCACAGAUCGCAGCACAAUGCUCAAGUUCUACAAGUCCCCGGAAUUCUUCAGAUACCAGUUUGUGAGCUGGCGCCACCUGCGUGAUCUGUGGUCGCAAUCGUCGUCGCAGUACCUGAGCCGAAGCGAAUACGGCCGCACUUUUGGCAUCAUGAUCGCAAACGCCGUCACAACAUUCGUCCAGCUUCCCUCCCCUGCCAUUGUGUCUGCUGCGCUGAUGGUGUUCUACCCCAACCUCCGCGGCGUGUACACGGGUGACGACAUCACAUAUUCGCUCGAUGACCACCCCAGCCCCCACUUCUCCAUGGGCGUGCAGCAGAGCAUCGUUGACGGGCUCGUGAUGCACGAGGAGACAUCGGUCCGCAUCGCGUCCUCUGUGGUCGUGGCGCCACCGUCUGAUGCCGGCAAAUACUCGUGGACACUUGUCCGCAUUGAUCUCCGCAACUCCAGCCACCAAGUCGACCACCACUUUGAAUACCAGCUCGAUGGGCACCAGCGCAAGUACCAGCAGCACUGCGUGUCAACAACACGAUCAGACUGGCGCGUGUAUCUCGUUCGCGACAAGGACAAGUUCCGCAUUCCAUACGAGACUGUGGAUGCAGUCACGCUCAUUGCGCUGCUGCGGCUGAACCUGCUGUCGGAGAUCAAGAACAGGUUUUACGACCUGUUGCUCGGCAUGGGUGUGUAUGAGGAUAUGGCGCCGUGGAACAUUGCGUUUCGCUCCGGCCGUCUCGUGUACAUUGAUUACGACACGAAGGACAUUGACUUGACCAAGCUCGUGCCCAUGGCGUACCAGGUCAUGGCUGCGCUCAUGAAUCUUGAGCGGACCGUCAAGGACUUUGGGCACUGCCCCGGACACGCGCGCAACAACUACAACAUCCCCUUUGUCUCGCAUUGCGUCAGGAGCCAGUACCAAGGACCUUGUGAAGACGACAGGUAUCCUGUUCCUUGUGGCGACCGCACGUGCCGCGAGUCCUACCUCCAGUGCCUGCAGGCAAUCCACGACCUUGACGUCAAGCACGAGCGCAUGCGAGAGCGGGAGGCGGCGCUUGGUCUCCUAUCUGGAGGCGGGUCUCGGUCAUCAUCAUCGUCGUCGUCGUCGCUGCUGAGUGCAGCCAAUCAAGCGUUGCGCGGGCCAGCGAUGGGAUCUGAACUCAACAUCAUCUACAACGAGGACGGCGCCUCGCUCUCAACCCCUGAGCCCCUGGAGUGACAUCCUCCCAAUACACACGCACAUGCACACACACACACACACACACACGUGCACAUACGUGCACACACGCGCGUACAGCACACACACGUGUGGUGUGUGUUCCUGUGCUCGCUCUUGUUCCUAUGCGUCUCGGCAUACUGCUUGCUUCACUUAGGCAGCUGAGGUGGGUGGUUUCCAUCAGUGUGUGUUGUUGGUUUGUCUUGUGUGUCUUGUGAGGAAGCUAGCCCUCGUGUCUUAGACACGUGUAGUCGUUGUGGUCGUCGUUAAGGUUGCUGCUUACUUACAUAGCUCUUCUUGAGUGGUGGAAACCUGCUUUGCUCGUUACUCUGACAAUGAAGCACACCCCUUAAAAAACAUGAUAACACUG